AUGACAGAAAGCGGGUUGAUCAGAGAACACAGAUUGCACCCAACACUCUCAUCUCCAUCGCUCGGGCAAAUGACAUGGGAAGCCAAGGUCACGAGAUGACGAAUUCCAAUGUGUUGUUUCGUGCAUUUUCUGGAUCAUCGGAAGAACUGUCUCAUGCCAGCGGAGAAGACAAAACUCAGAUUAAGAAGGAUCAAAAACCUAUCCGUGCGAUGACGAGCAAGGAGUACUCCAAAAACUAUCGGAGCAAACAGUUCCAAAAGGUGGCGAAACUCGAAGCAGAAGCCAAAUCUCUCCAGGCGGAAAUAGUGGCAAAACGUCCAGCGAUCAAGUGCAAGGAGGAAGAGAACUUGAUGUUACGGGCUGAGAAUGAUAUGAUGAGGCAGAAGCUAUCUCAAUGUUCUUCCCAGCUCAUGCACAAACAAGCGGAAUACAGAGCACUGAAGGAGGAGAUAGAAAGGAUGAAGAAGAACAUAGCAAGCAGCAUUAUAGGGUGCCCGGGGGUUCUGAACAACUUAGACUCCACGACCAUCCAGCUCCUUCGAUUCUCUCUCCUGCGCCAAUCUGGACCCUCCACCACCGAUCCACCCCCUCCCCUUCUCCAUCAACCCUUUCCUUGAUUCCUUCCUUCCUUACAUUGUAAUAGUUAAUGAACUCCCGAAUAUAACAAUGUUCUCUAGAAUUUCAGAGUAUUUCUCUAGAGUGA